UCUAUGUACGGUCUAAUCCAGUAGCAAUUAAAGGGAAUUUAGCUUGUUUUCUUCCUUCCUGCUCUGAGAUAGAGAUCUCAGUCUCUGGUCAGGGGUACAGUGAGGGAAUAGGAAAGGGUGUGGGAAGGAGGGGCAAAAGUCAUGUUUAUUAGAUACCUAAAUUUAGAAACCCAUCUAUCUAACGAAUUAGAUUGGUCUUGGAUUCAGAUGCAAAUUCUACUCUAAUAAUCCUAAUGCAGAAAAUCAUGCCUGAAACUUGAUGCCUGCUUUCUCAAUAUCACAGACCACUGAGAUAAACCCCAGAGAAAUUAAGUUAAAAUAGCUAGUUCAGCCUAGAAGGUGCCUUUGAUACUUUCCUCUGCGGCUGCUAAUCACAGGGGAAGGGUUUGCUAAUGGUCAUCAGCUGAGACUAUCCCAGCAGGGUGAGGGCCAAGAGCAAGGGGCGUUGUUUAAAUCUGGAAGACAAGGUGGAAGAACAAUAACAGAGACAGCAUCAGCUUGAUGAAAGCAUGAGGUGGCUGUUAAGAAGCAGCUGGAGGCAGUUUGGACCUGCUGGCAGAGGCGCCUACGAAUGGUUAACUAGUGAACCAAGUCUGCCACUUCUGGACACCCAGCUGCAGAGCACACAUAAGAUAAGCUCUACCAAAGAAGACAUUGAGCCAUUCCUGUGCAUCAUUCUUCCAGCCACCAUCCUGCUUUUCUUGGCAUUUGUGCUACUUUUCCUGUAUCAUCGCUGUAAACACCCAAGACCCCAGGGGCAGAUCUUCAGCAUUGACCUUCCAGAACACCUACCAGAGAGAGAAGUGACUGAUUUCCUUUCAGUCUUACCUUGGAGCACUGAGCAGACCUUCCAUUAUUCGACCUUGCACCCUGAAGCUACUUUCCUCACAGUGUGCCUGCCACCCUCUUAUGAGGAGGCCACUAUGAAAACUCCUGAGGAAGAGGUCCAAAAUAGGAUUGCCCAAGGUCUAGUGCCUCUUUAUGAAGAAGAGAGCACACACGUAGGUUGAAUGAUAAUAAAUGACCUUGACUUGCAAAUCCCUCGUAUCAAUAGCUAGCAGCCUUUUAACUGGGAAGAAUCCAAAAAACUGGAUCAGGGAAAGGGAGUAUGAUAGUUCAUGAAACAGGAUAUUCCUAGACUGAAUGUAAGCACUAGAGAUAAAUUACAACUUUAAGAGUAAAGGCAAAUUUAAAUCCAUGUAUACUUUCUGUAACAUUAAUGAAUAUUUUUCUUAUUUCAGAAACAUAAGUAAGAUAAAAUAAAUAACACUUUCAAUUCUCUACCCCAAGUGGGAAGAAAAAUUCCAUGAAGGUGAAAGAAUUUAGCUGAAGUUGCCAAAGAUCAUUAGCUAAUAAACACACCAAAGAAUAUUUCCCCCUCAAGAAACUCUUGAGAAUUUAACAUAGAACAAUUCUUGGCAAUAGACAUCAAGAAUUGUUUUAUAUCUUUUACCAAAGUGAGUUAAAUGAAUUUGGAAUAGUUAGACGAAGGAAAAUAAAGACCAGUGUCUUUGAGAAUAACUGGUUAAAUAUAGCUUCACUUUUGUCCAUUCUUAAAACAGACCAAUGAAUAUGUGUAUCUAUAUGUGUCAGUGUGUGUAUGUACAUAUAUAUAUACAUAUACUCCCAUAGAUAUGCAUAUACCUAAGUUUUAUUCAUGUUUUGUUUUUAUGUAACAUAUAUUUAUAGUUUUUCAUGAGAGGUCUCAUAACAAAGAAAAAUAUUUAAGUAGAAUUAAUAACAAAGUGACUUCAUCUGAAGGUAUAGUAUUUCAUAACUGUAGCACACACUCUCACUUUUCUAUUUAAAUCUAUUUUCUUUCCUUUAUAUCCCUAUUUUAUUGAAGAAAAAAAAAAGGGAAGAAAAUUUCUUGAAACAAAAAUGCAUGGUCAAACAAAAAUUCUCCCAAUGGAUAUCCACAAAUAUACAUCAAUAUGUAGCAUAUACGUUUAUAUGUGUCUAUUGUACACAUAUCACAUACACAUUUUAUAUAUUUCUUCCUUAUUCCAGUGAUCUGGAAAUGAUUUUGAAAGAUGUCAAGAGUUAAGAAUUGUGGAUUUAAAGUGUCAGGGAUAUUUAACAAUUUUAUCAAGGAAAUAUUGAAAGUUUCUUCAUCUAAAGGAAC